AUGCGAUGUUUAGAUCAAGCGAUAACCAAGCUCAAACUGUCGAGUGGUAACGGCUUAGAUCGCACGCGUGUGCACAAUCCGCUACCAACUCAAGUCAAGUUGCAAGCUCAAAAGCCCAAUCAGUUUGCAAAUAGGCCGUACGCCGACACAGCAAAACAAGUAUUUGGUCAAUGGGAGGCAACUUAA